GGGCUGACUGCAGCGGGUGCUCCUCCCCCCCUUCUGUCCUCCUGGAUUCAUUGGAGAGAAAACUUGUGGAGGCUGCUAGAUGUCUCACCCGGGCAAAAAAACAAAACAAAACAAAAACCCUCACCUAAUUCUUUUCUUUGGAACAAUUUCACCAGGGGAAGGCUGGUCUUAAAUACUUUUUUUAAAAGAAAGGGGAAGAACCUUUCAGCCAAGGAGUUUCUACAAGGCAGAUGACAGGAGCUCAAGGUACAUCAGAGGUACAAGUCAAUUUAUUUCGAAGAGAACUCAACUAAACUUGAGGAAGGAAAACAAACACUCGUUACUCUAUGCCCGCUCCCUGGGUGAAGCUCAGGGAAGGACCCCAACUUAAAAACAGUGAACAGGAUUUUUUUUCAAAAAAAUGACACAGAACCCCAAAUGGGAAUAAAGGGGCGUUGCAGAAAAAUGAAAGAAGAACGUUAAGGCCUGGAAGGAGGAGGAGGAGGCUGUAGAAGGAACUGCAGUGCCCAGGAGGAGGGUCUCUUUUCAGAUCAACCCAGCAAAAGGUACUGGAUGGAAAGAACCUGCCAUGGAUCCUCUGUGCUUCUUGGGAAAUGAUCCAUGGACUUAUAACUGCUCCUUCAACAAUUACACCCUGGAGAACCAGACCUCCCAGACCAACCAAACCUUCCCCAUUAAAAGGAAUGAGGACGUUGCCAAGGUGGAAGUGGCAGUGCUCUGCCUCAUUUUCUUCCUUGCCUUGACUGGAAACUUGUGUGUACUUAUGGCUAUCUACACCACCCGUCACAAGCAUUCCCGCAUGUACUUCUUCAUGAAGCACCUAAGCAUCGCUGACCUGGUUGUGGCCAUCUUCCAGGUCUUGCCUCAACUCAUUUGGGACAUCACCUUCAGGUUCUAUGGGCCAGAUUACCUCUGCAGGUUGGUCAAGUACCUGCAGGUGGUGGGAAUGUUUGCUUCCACCUAUAUGCUCCUGCUGAUGUCGUUAGAUCGGUGCUUGGCAAUCUGUCAGCCCCUGCGGUCUUUACACAGAAGGUCUGACCGUUUGUCUGUCCUCCUCACUUGGAUAGUGUGCCUUCUUUUCAGCAUCCCGCAGCUCCAGAUAUUUUCCUUGAAGGAGGUGGCUCAUGGAGGAGUUGAUUGCUGGGCAACAUUUAUCCUACCUUGGGGACCUAAAGCCUAUGUCACCUGGAUAACCUUGACUGUCUACAUCAUCCCCAUGUUUGUCCUGAGUGUCUGCUAUGGCUUGAUCAGCUUCAAAAUCUGGCAGAACAUUAAAUUAAAAACAGUCCAUGAGACCAAUGUCAACUUGACCUCUAGUCAUUACCACGGGGGUACUCUGUCAAGAGUGAGCAGUAUCAAGCUCAUUUCCAAGGCCAAGAUCCGGACAGUCAAGAUGACCUUCAUCAUAGUCUUGGCAUUUGUUAUGUGCUGGACUCCUUUUUUCAUUGUUCAGAUGUGGAUUGUCUGGGAUGAAAAUGCUCCAAAAGAAGAGUUGGCAUUCAUAAUCACCACGCUCCUGGCAAGCCUCAACAGCUGUUGUAACCCUUGGAUCUACAUGCUUUUCACAGGUCAUCUCUUCCAUGACCUCUUACACCGGUUUCUCUGCUGCUCCUCACAGUAUUUAAAAUCUCGGCAAGGAUGUGACCUGAGCGUCAGCAAGAAGAGCAACUCUUCCACCUUUGUCCUGAGUCUCAAAAGCUCCAGUCAAAGGAGUUUCACCCAGCCAUCCACAGCAUGAAGAGAAGGACUCUCCUGUUCAGCUCUCCAUGUCUAUCCAGCUCUCCAUGAACUCUGCCAUAAUGAGAUGGAUAGACAGUGUGCACUUAUUUAAAAUUGAGAGGCCAAGAUAUACAAGAUUGUUUGGAUGUAAAUACAAAUAUACCUACAAAUAUACAUGCUAUAUAGAUACAAGGUAUUUAAAAUGUAUUGUGUAUGGGGAUUAUUUGUUAUUUAACAGAGAGUCAGGAUAGAAUAAAGUUGACUAUAGUCUAAUUAGUUUUUCAGGCUAGAAUCCUCCAUAGCUAUAUCUUCCCCCAAAUCUGUCUUUUAAGUGUCACACCUUCCACAACAGAGUCAUUUCCAUGUUGUUAGAGAGCAGGGGGACCAGCAAAGUUGCACCCAGCUAUUUUUCUGGCUCUGGAUGAGUUGGGAGUCCUCAGGGACUGCUGGGGGUCCUUAGGAGAUCCCUGCAGAUGACAUGCUUUUAGUACAUCAAGCUACAGGAAAAUAGAUAGAGAUGCUCCCACCUGAUACCACUCCUUCCCUCUACUUUCAAAUGAUGGAAAUAGAUGUGUUAGAACAUCUGCUUUACUUAAAAAGGAGGAUUCUGAGUAUGGAUUUUGAUUGCUAUGCAGUGCACUCCGUAAAGGACUCUAGCCUCUCCCCAAAAUGAAAAUGACUUGUAAUCACAAAAUUCUAACCAUUUUAUUUUUCAAAGACAUCUUGGAUUUUACAAGUCAGUGAAGGCGCAUGUGUAGCAUUAGGCUUCAUGUGUAAAGAAUGUGAAAGAGUGAAGAGAAGCUCAUAAAAAUGGAUUUUGUACCACAUGGUUCUGCUCUAAAGAUGCUCAGCCCAUAGCCUGAUAUGGUACACACCUGGAGAAUGUACAUCAACACAUUUUACUGUUUUUAUGAUAGCUCCGUUGCUUUUAAAGGCAAGAGCUUUUUAAUGGUUGGAAAUGAGUCUGCUGAUAUUUUAAUUUUUCAUUUAUCUGCAUUUCAGCAGGUGUUCACCUUUGCAUUGUAAAUUAAUGGAAAGGAUGUAAUAGGACAGACAUUUGGAAAUGAAUAAAUCAUGCUAAUACUGGAAUAGUUUGCUUGUUUGAAAGGAGUAUCCAAGCAACAGUUUCAAAUAGACAUGAACCUUGUGGUGGUAACUCCAAAGCGCUACAAUUUUGGGUUAUCAGAUAAGUAGGAUUUGCUUCAGAAAUCUGUCUUUCGACCUUUCAGUGAAUUAAAAAUUGUAUUUGUAAGUGUCUUUGCACCACAUAAGGUCAGAGCUCAUAAAAUUCAUUUGCCUGAGGAAAUGCCCAGUUAUGAGUUCAUAACUACAGUAGGGGAUGCCAGCCAUCGUAUUAGAAUCUAUUCAAAGACUGUGAGAAAACAAAACAAAACAGGGGCUUGAGAGCUUUUCCUUGUUGGAGUUCCCAGACUCUCAAAAACCCAUUUCUCAUUUUCUUCCCUUUUUCAAAUGUUUUUCCAUCUUUCUGUAGAUAUAAGUUGUUAUUUUACAGAGCACGAGUUGCUAUUCAAUACGCUGAGUAUGGGGCAGCCCCCUUUUGCUCAUGGUUUCUCAGAAUCCAACCCUUUAUAUAUAGAAAUUGUUGAUUGCAUUUAAGAUGGAUUCUUAUAUUACUGUAGAUAGCUUUGAUGAAUAUUAUGCAGAUAUAAUUUCUUUGCUGUGUAAGUCAUGCAACUGCGUUAAUAAAAGAUUUUAUGUAAAUAAAAGAAGAAAACACAUCAAAUAAAAGAAAUGGAUGGAAACCUAAGAAAAAUGGACGGUGUCAGAAUGUAUAUGUAAAGCUAAUAUAAAACUGUAAUGCACCAAGCAUACAUGACACCCUCUGCCUUAUUACAGCAGCUUUCAAAUGGUGGAAGUUUUUCUUUUCUUUCUGUUUGUUCUUCCAGAGUGAAUUCUAAGAGCUAUGCACAAAGUUUGGAUGGUGGAGGAGUAAGGCAUAGUCUUUCUGAUUGUAGCAAUAAAGGAGACAAGUAGGGAAUUCACUAGGGGGAAAAAUGGGGCAAAAAGCAAAACUGCAUUAUUUUUCUUUGGCUUGGAGGUUAAUGUAAUGUCUAUUUGCCUGGUGCUGAUUAAUACCACAGAAUUAUAGUGCUGUCAUUCCACAUCAUUUGAAAUUCUGGGAUUGGUACUUUAGGGAUUUUUAGAAGACUCAGACAGAUAAUUCCCCUAGAAUCUCACCAAAUUAUAAAUCCUGACAGCUAAAAAGUGGAAUAACAGUGCUAUUAAUUCUAUAGUGUGGUCCUCUGGUCACCCAACAUGGCAGCCAAUGCUGAACAGUGUUGUUUAUGCAGCCUGACAUAUCUACCCAAUUCAUAGGACUCCAAUGAUGAAAAUGUCUAACUCUAUUAAUGAAUUGUUACACUAGGGUCUUAUUAAUCCUAUAAUAGGAUCUGAUUAUGAGAUCACAUAUUACUACCACAGUAGACCCCUUUCCUGGAAAUUCCUUUUAAAAUGGGAAAAAGAACUGUGAUGAUCAGAGUGUGAUGUAAUAACUGAAGAAAUAAUAAUGCUGAUUGUGCAUUAUGGGGGGAAUCCAGACUGACUGAAAGGUCCCAGAUCUAAUUCCUGUCCUUUACUUUUUAUACAGGGUUAAAAUAUUCAGACCUGGGGUGCUGGUAUAAAAGUUCUCUGUUCAUACCAGGAGCUGACAAAAAUAUUAUUGGAUAAUCAAAAUGUGUAUGGAUCUCCAAAACAAAAUCAGAAAGAACAGGUGUGAGAUCUGGGACUUUCUAGUCUAUUAAAUCAGUCUCAAUGUGCUGAUAGUAGAUUAUAUCAUUGUUCUGUGUUUGGCUAUAGGGACGUGGGCUGAGGCUUCUCAUUAUGCCCCCCUCCCCACUUUCCAUUAGUCACUACAUUGCUAAGCAUUGGAGGGGAGUAUGUGGUAAUUGCAUGAGGUCAGUAGAGAAUUACAACCUCUACAAAGAGAAAAAAGGUGGCCUAUAUUGAAUCUAUUUUUUUCAUGUCAGGAACGACUUGAGAAACUGUAAGUCGCUUCUGGUGUGAGAGAAUUGGCUGUCUGCAAGGAUGUGGCCCAGGGGAUGCUCGGAUGUUUUGAUGUUUUACCAUCCUUGUGGGAGGCUUCUCUUAUGUCCCUGCAUGGAGCUGGAGCUGACAGAGGGAGCUUAUCUGCGCUCUCCCCAGAUUUGAACUGGCAACCUUCAGGUCAGCAACCCAACUUUUAGGUCAACAGUCCUGCCCGCACAACGGUCUAUGCCAUUAUAAGUCACAGGAUUCCAAUCAACAUUUCCAAGCUCUGCAGCAGUGGAGCCCAGAGGAGUUGGGUAUACACACGACUCCUCAUUAAAAAACAAGUGGAGCCAAAGAUGGGGGAAGGGAGAGGAUGGAUCCUGAUGGAAGGGAACAGAAGCUGACAGUUCCCUCUGCUGCCCCCUGAUUUCCCCCAUGCUUUACAAUUUCCCAUUAUCAUACUAUAAUUGUGAAAUAAAAUAAAUAUCCCUGUAGCCA